CUCGAACUCCAGUUGGAUCGCGAAAGCAGCAAAGAAAACGCAGCAAGGAAAAAUGGCAGAAGUAGCACCAGCGCCAGCCGCCGCUCCCGCUAAGCCAGCGAAGAAAAAGGCUUCCAAGCCCAAGAAGACCGGCCCCAGCGUCAGCGACCAAAUUCUUAAAGUAGUGACCGCUUCCAAAGAACGGAAAGGCGUGUCAUUGGCAGCCCUGAAGAAGGCUCUGGCUGCCGGAGGCUAUGAUGUGGAGAAGAACAACGCCCGCGUUAAGAUCGCCAUCAAAAGCCUGGUUUCUAAGGGUACUCUGGUUCAGACUAAGGGCACCGGCGCUUCUGGUUCUUUCAAGCUAGGCAAGAAAGCCGCUGAGACCAAGGCCAAGAAGCCAGCGAAGAAAGCUGCUCCUAAAGCCAAGAAGCCCGCCGCUGCCAAAAAACCUGCGGCAGCGAAGAAGGCUAAGGCAGCAAAGAAACCCGCAGCUGCAAAGAAGUCUCCGAAGAAGGCUAAAAAACCAGCUGCUGCCAAGAAGCCCGCCAAGAAAGCUGCGAAGAGCCCGAAGAAGGCCGCCAAAAGCCCGAAGAAGGUGGUCAAGAAGGCGCCCGCAGCCAAGAAAUCCCCGGCAAAGAAGGCUGCCAAGCCUAAAGCCAAAAAGACCGCAGCCAAGAAGAAGUAAGCUGUGAUCGUUACGUUUGAACUCAAAGGCUCUUUUAAGAGCCACCACAAUCCUACGAGAGCCUGUUCCUAAAGACAUCAGUUGUAUUUAUUGUAAACAAUGUGUAGCAGACAUUGCUCAGAGACAAUGGAGCCUAGAGAAGAAUCAAAUCUAUUUACACCUGCUGGUUUAUUGACUUUUUGGAUUUAAUAUUUACUUGUACACAUGCCAGCUAGUGUCCUAGUUAGAUUCGGUGUGUGUGUGUGUGGGGGGGGUUAAACUCCACAGCAUACUAAACUCGUAACUAAAUUAAUAUUAUUGGCAAAAUAUGACCUUGGCUCCGCCCAAUUUAAAAACUGCUGUCACCAGCUUUCUAUUACGUCCGCACAUCAGACAACGAGACCUUUAUUUGACUUGGUAUUGAAACAACUUUUAUUUUCACUCAUCUUUUCUUUAAACAAACAUAUCUUACUGCUUUUGUAUUAUUUUCAAUAUCAAAUCAGAGUUUAUCCAUCUUCUGUCUUAUUUCAACCGUCCUGUAACAUGAUAUCAACAGAUGAUCAAGAGUUUCGUCCUCAUCACAAUUCUCCAUAGGGCAUUUCUUUGUAGUAACGAAGCAACUCCACUGAACCACAGCUCUUACUGGGAGACGUCCGACAGAGAUAAGCCACACUGUAUCUCUCAUGUUCUCGGAUAUUACUUUGUCAUAUAUGUUUUAAACUAUUUUCUUCUUUUUCAGCAAACUUAUAUUGUAUCAUACCUUCGGGUUUUUUUUUUUGUUUGUUUUUUUAAAGAUUGAUUUUAUUAUAUUUGUUUUGAGUUUAAUUGUAAAAGAUUUAAACCAGAGUUUCCACUGAUCUACUAAAUCCCCGAACACAAGUUUAAAGUAUGGCACUCCCGUUCGGGCUCCCCCUUUCAUUUUUUUUUUUUUUUUUUUUUUUUUUCCCCCACAAGGAUUUCUUCCCUUGGAUCCAGUGGGUGCUUCGCUCUAAUGCGCUAUACACAUUUUUCAAAAAGGGAAUCAUCAAAAUGAUACCAAGAUCUGGCACUCCUAAUCCUCCAUGUUCUUUUCCUUUGUACAUCAAUUUCCUCUGCGUUACUUCACGGUUUGUCCCCCAAAUCAAUUUAGUACACAAUUUACUUAAUUUAAUAACAGUUUUCUGAGGAGGGGGAAAGACAGUAGCUAGGAAAAGUAACUUUGAGACUACAUGUGUUUUCACAAUAUUCACACGCACUUUAGUUUGUAUUUUUGUUGUCACAUUUAGCUACUUCAUUCUCUAUUUCACUCUUUCUUUUUCCAAUUCAAAAGACAUGGAUCAUUUUUAGUAAUCCAAAUACCUAAAAUCUUCAUCUCCUUAGUUUUUAAUUCAAUUACAGGUUCCUUUGAGUUUUGUCCGAACCACACUCCUUCAGUCUUUUCCUGGUUUAGUUUGGCACCGGAGGCUUGGUCAUAUUUUGUUAACAACUCCUUAAGUAUUAAUAGCUCCUUUUGAUCUUUAAUAAUUACUGAGACAUCAUCCGCACAAGCAAGGGCUGUCACUUUGUAUAAGUCGUUUAGGACGUAUCCAGUAAAACGGCUAUCACUAUUAAUUAUUUUGAGUAACGGAUUUAUUGCUAGAACAUAUAGAGCUGCACUUAGAGGACAUCCUUGUUUCACUCCACAUUCAACUCUAAAGGGUUUGGUCAGUCUUCCAUUUACUUUAAUCUGGACUAAGGAUUUUUUGUAUAAUAAUUUAAUCAUAGAGAUGAAGGUUUCAGGCAUAUUGUAGGCUUUCAUAACUUCCCACAAAUAGGAGUGAGAGAUGUAAUCGAAGGCUUUCUUUUGGUCGAGACUUAAAAUAAAAAAUUCUGUGUCUUUUCUACUAUAAAUUAUUUCCCGCAAAGUACAUAAGUUAUCCCACAUCAAACGACCCCUUAUUGCACAUGUUUGCUCUUUUUCUAUAAUUUUCUCUAAUACCUCCUCAAACCUAUUCAUGAUUAUUUUAGCAAAUAUCUUAUAAUCGACAUUCAUUAUUGUUAAUUGUCCAUAAUUAUUUAUGUCAUCUCUUUCCCCUUUCUUAUAUAACAAACACAUUAUUGUAAAAGGAGUCACCCAAUGUUCCCUUAUGAAUGCCUUCAUUAAAAACAGUGGCUAAAAAUUCAGAUAUUUCAUUUACUACUAUUUUAUAAAAUUCAGACGGGAACCCAUCUAAACCAGGGGUUUUGUUCAUAUUUAACUGACUGACCGCACAUUCUACCUCAUCUUUAGUAAUAUUUCCUAGAAGUGAGUUAUAUUGGAUAGAGUCUAAGGGCUCUAUUUUACUUAACAGGGAUUCUACUGCACUUGUUUUUGUAGAUAACGGAGAAAACAUUUGGGAACCUUCUGAUAACUCGCCUUUUAUCUACUUCAUUAACAAAGGAGUUUCCUCCAACAUCUCUUAUAGAGGAAAUAAAAUCAUCAUUACGUUUCUUUUGGUUAGCUCCGAUCAUAUAGUCCUCAUUUCCAUUUAUAUCACCUCCCAUAGAUUUUUGUAUAUUAAAUAAUAUUUCGUUAUUUACUUUUUCAAUACUAACUUUAAGCUCCUCAAUCUGGUUCUCUUCAUCCUCAUUUCUAAAUUUUUUAUUCUUCAAAUAAAUAUAUUGAUUUACUUGUUCGUUAUACUUCAUAUUUUUUGUAUAAUUUAUUUCUCUACAUUUAAAUUUGAAAAAAUUUCUCAUCCGUUCUUUCAGUAUCUCCCACAAUUGUAUAUCAGAUGUUGUGAGUUUUUUAAGUUGUAAAACUUUCUUAAUUUCUUCCUUUAAUUCCAAAACAAGUGUCCCGUCACUUAGGCAGCUCGUAUUUAAUUUCCAAUAAGUGGAAGGGGGGUCAGUGCCACACAAAAUCGUAGCUCUGACUACCUUAUGAUCAGAGAACUCAGUUACAAAGUCAUUAUAUCUUAAAGCUGAAAUUUCAGGAGAUAUAUAAAUUCUAUCUAUUCUAGUUUUAGAGGACGAGUCGAACCUUGUGAAGUGAGUUGUCUGAGGAUUUAAGAUCCUAUAUAAAUCCCUAAGAGAUGCGUCUUUACAUAUUUGUGUCAGUAGUUUGCCUUCCCUGGACUCUUUGAAUGUCGUACUAGCAAUCCUAUCGUUCUCUUCCGUAACCAUAUUAAAAUCCCCACAUAAAACAGUAUUAAACCCACAUUCUAACAAAUGUCUCAUUUUCUUUAGCAAUUGCAUUUUUAUUGUUCUUUCGGGUGCGGUAUAUACAUUAAUUAACCGGAACUUUUGACCACCAUAAUGGCAGUCCACAAGUAAAAGCCGUCCAGGUAUUAUAUCUCUUUUCUUUAUGAUAUUCACAUGAGUGUUUUUGAAGAAAAAGCCCACCCCGUCAGCACUAUCGUCCCGUAUUGAGAUUACUGAGUGGCUUGGACCCCAUAAUUUAUUCAGCUCUCCAAUAUCUUCAUUGGUUUUCAAUCUUAAUUCUUGUAAACACAAUAUAUCAUAGUCCAGUUUUUGCAGAAAAAGCACUUUUUUCUUUCUCAGUCUUUCUGAUUGUAACCCUCUAACAUUUCAUGUUAUUAUUUUAAGAGUACUCAUAUUUAUGUAGUAGGAGGUUAUUCGGUAGAGAGAGGGAACAAUGUAGAUUCAACAUUACCUUGCGAAGGGCUGGAUCGAUCGUCCUUUCUCUUGUCUCUGCUAUAAGACGUCGUCGAGACACUUCUUUUCCUACCUCCUUUCGUUGUUUCGUUGACCAAUUCCUCCAUUGCGGGAUGCUGUUUGUUUAGAAAAAUCCCUGUUUGUGUAUCCGCUUCAUCUCGUCUUGCUGGGAUGUCCGUAGGAGAAAUCUCCACAGGAGUCGAAAUGGAUGAUUCUUCACUAUCACUUGCACUUAGGUAGCUUUCUGAUGAAUUUUCUUCCUCGCUUUCCCUUCGCUCGUCAUCGCUCUCAUAUUCCACCUCAGAAGUUUCUGAGAAGGGUUGGUCGUCCGAUUCUUCUUUACUUUUUGCUGUUAUUUCUUUAAGUUGUCUUGAGGGCGUCAAAUCCUCCUCUAUGUUGUUAUUGUUUGUCUGCAGCUCUGUUACUCCUGGAAGAUUUGUCAAGAUACGGUUGCCUGGUUCUUGUCCGGAAACAGCUUCAGGGACAGCCAAUGGAUUUGUUAAGGACACAUUUCCAUAUGAGAGCGUUUCUUGUAGCGAGGUUGGAUUUGCGGCUACUGGCAGCGCUGAGGUGGAUGGAAAGGUUGUACAAAGAGCACUCGUGGAGGGCUGUUGGGGGGCUUUAGUUAUAUUUGCAAACGAUUUGGGACAUUUAAAGAAGGUGUGACCCUUCAGUCCGCACAGAGAACACUCGCUGUCAUUUUGGCAUUCUUUAGCUUUAUGACCCAACUCCCCGCAUUUGCAGCACUUAAAGGUAGGACAGUCUCUUGCCUGAUGGUCUAGUGUUUGGCAGAUGAAACAUCUGUUUGCCUGUCCAGGAUAUAUGAUACGCCCAUUAAAAGGGCCCAGAGAAAUGGAGUUAGGGAUGGAAACAAUAUGACCUGAUUCAUCUCUCCGCAUUCGUACCUUGAAUUUCCUUACUCCGUACCAUAAGCCGAAUUUAUCAACCGGCUUAACGGGAGGUUGUAAGACUUCACAGUACCUUUGUAGGUAAAGUUCAAUGUCCUGGUCUGGAACUCUUCCUGUCCAAAACUUCACCACAAUUGUUGUGACUUCUAGAUGAACUGGAGAUUCUACUGACCAAGAAGUCAAGAAGUCACAAACUGAGUGCACAGCAUGGCACAUGUUUAAAUGAGCAAUGUUUAUUCUUCAGAAUCACUUUAUAAUCAAAUAGACACAAACUUUUUUUUUCACCUCAAAAAUACAUGUUCAAACCACCUCAUCGAUAUCGCAGAGAAGUGACACGUGAUGUUAAACACAAUCUAUCAACUCAGCUGUGCAGAGGCAAACAUAAUGAAGUAGUUCAUUUCAAGUUGUACAUUCAAACACCUCUUCAUAUUUUUGUCCACCAGAAGACACCAAAGCAGAAAAGUGUUAAAAAGCUUACAGCAAUUAACCCUUCUUCAAUACAAGCAUCAGUGCUUCGGAAAGCUUAAUUUGGCCACCACUACACUUAAUAAUGAUGCCAAUAUUUUGAGCCAACCUUUCAAUAUUGUCCUUUAAGGGUUAAACUACAGUGAAUUCAUUAAGACUGUUGUCUUCUUGAUGUGUUUUAAUGCUUUGUAUCUUAAAGCCCCUAAAAUAGUCAGUGAUCACUGUCAGCAUCUCUAUGUUUUUAUUUAUUAGCAUGUUUUAAAGCUCAGUUUUUAAAAAUCUUACGAUGUAACUACUGCCCAUAAGCCAGACACCAAAGAGUCAGAAAAGAAUCCCUCAGAGGUCAACAAAGAUUUGAAUGGGCAUGUGAAGCUGAGGAUCAGGCAGUUUUCAUAGCUAGUAAUCCAAAUCAAAUCACUUUUAUUGUCACAUCACUUGUGCAGGUACACUGGUACAGCACAUGCAAGUGAAAUUCUUGUGUACAAACUUCACAAGCAACAGAGGUGUGCAAAAUACAAUACAUUAACAUAAGAACGAGAAAAAUAUAAGAAUGGGUAAAACUGUAUGUGCAUUACUGAAUAUGUAUAGUAAAUAUGUAUAUCUACGUGUGUGUGUGUGUGUGUGUGUAUAUAAAAUUAUAGAAAAUUAAAUAUAAAAUUAAAUAUAAAAUUAAAAAAAAUAAAAAUAAAAUAUACAAAGGUCAGAACCAUGCAGCAGUAUAAUAAUGACUGUUUGUGUGGUGGGGAUGGAUCAUCUCAGGUGUUCUCAGCAUCUUUUCCUCCGUCCUUGUCUCUGCUCAUCAAUGACCCUCAUGUUAAUUUUUAUUGAGGGGACAAAUGGUAUUGUUUAUCAUCCAGCUUAUUGUGCUAAUGCCUUUAUAUUAUCCUAAUCAUAGCUUUGUAGCUAGCCACCACAUAACAGACCAAUAUAUACCAGCCAGUCCAACUUCAGUAACCGUAAUUUAUGUCUGAAGUGAUAGGAGAUCUCUAUGUUUUAAUUUGUCAGAAAUCCCUCAGUAAGAACAUGUUAUAUCAUCUUUAGAUGGAGACUAGAAAGCUAACUCUGUUAAACUUUGAAAAUUCUGUUUUCAUGGAUACCUGGAUGUUAAACUUUAUUGUUAUAUCUGGGAGAGCAGCCACACUGAUGAUUUUAUAAAAGGUGAAAGAAUUUAGAGAGUUUUUAACCCACUUCCAUAAUUCUUGAAUGAAGGCAUUAAAACAGCGAGGGAAGCAACUGGAAACUACUCACACAGAUGUGAAACAACAUCCAAGUAAAGCAGGAAAAGUAGACAUUAUAGUUCAACUUUUCUUAAAAUAUAAAGCGACAAAAUAAAAAAUAAGAUACAUUAAUAAAACAUGAUGCUAAUUUUAAAUAGGGAAGAAAACUUUUGGGGGGAAUUUACAGUAUAAUAUCUAGAUGUCUAUUUUAAACUAUAUAUAUAUAUAUAUGUAUAUAUUAUCAAGGUUAUUGUUAGUGUGCUGUCAGUCAACAAAAACUGUUCUUGGCUUUAAACCAGACAUUAUUUAAAACAGACAUACAAAAAAUGAAUAAACAUUCAUUGCUUACAGGGAAAUGGUCUAUACAGUGAAGACUUCUUCCUUCACUUUAUAGACUAUUCUGUCCAGCUGCCAUAGCACAAUGACAUCCUUGGUUGUUUUCUGAACACCGUUGGGUACGGUGCUGGUAUUCCUCUCUGUAGUAACAGAGACCAAUGGUGUUAUCCACAGAUUUCACACAUGGAUUUGAAGAGUGCAUGAAAUAUUGUUCCUACAGCAUUAAUGAAAGCAGUAAUUGUAAUAUGGUGGUUUGCAAUGUUGCCUCACAGGAAGUUCCUGAGUUUGAAUCCAGCGGCCUGCUGCUUUUCUUUCAGCAAUUGCAUGUCCCCCCCGUGGUUGCGUCCCGCAGUCCAAACAAUGGUUAGUUUAAUUGGUGAUUCUAGAUUGACUGUAGCUGUGGAUGUGGGUGUCUCUUUCUCUGUGCCAGCUGUGCAGCUCCCCCACAAAGAAUAAGAGCACAGAUGCAGUGAGUGCUGUUCUUCAGCCUGCGAAACCCAUCCAUCCAAUCUCAGCUAUCACAUCUAAGACAAAGGAACCGUGGUCAGGGUGUUGGUCAGUCUCAGGAUGGGGCUACAGAUUGUGUGGAACUAAGUUUAAACAUGUUUAUUUGAGUUGUUUAUGAUGCUUAUGACAAUGCUGAUGCUCGGAACUGGGAAUCAAACCAGAACACCGGAGGUUACUUGCUGCUUUCAUCUUCUUUCCUCUGGUCACUUCUUCAGAGCAAAUGUACAACAGUAACACUAUCAGUGGAACAGGUUUACAUUUGUUUUUAUUUAUGUGUUUGUUUAUUUAUAUUAAAAGGUUGUGAAUCAACCUUUGCAUUGCA